CAGGAUCAAGUCGCCAGUUCUCGGUUGAUUGAGCCGUGGGCUCGUGGCUGAAGAUGCCAGCCAAUUGCGCCGCACUUGUACGUCUCGUGAGUGACGUCGAGCGUGGCCGAGGUGCUUUUGUUGACUUGGGCGAGACGAGCGUGGCGCAAACCAGUCUAUAAGUUACAUGGUCAGAGUGCCAUCGAAAAAAAACAGCGACGGCAAUUAAAACGCCAACUCUCCAUCGUCAGAUUUUGCUGGCUCCGGGGGAACUUGGUUUUUUUUUUGCUUUUCCCUUUUUCUCUUGAUUUUCCUCCCUUGCUGGAGGCAUUUCGUUCCCUUUCCUCCCCGCCGUCAUCUCGCAAUUCCUCAUACAAGUCACUCCUUGGUCCGCGACAAUGCCGCCCAGACAGUCCCUACAAGCCUUCCUGGCCACGGCCCGGAACGCCCUCAGCACCCCGGCUGCGCAGCGGACGGCGCCGUUGACGUUUGUCGUGGGUAAUGAGUCGGCCGAUCUCGACUCCCUGAGCUCGGCCGUCGUGUAUGCCUACAUCCGCACCUACACGUCGCCUCACACUCUUCACAUUCCGCUCUCCAACCUGCCGCGUGCCGACCUGGCCUUGCGCACCGAGAUGACGGCUGUUCUCAAGGCGGCUGGCCUGGCGCCCUCCGACCUGCUCACGCUGUCUGACCUGCCGGAGAUGGACCCCAACGACACGCACUGGAUGCUCGUCGACCACAACUGCCUGACCGGGCCCCUCAAGCAGUACGCCGGCCGCAUCUUCGGCUGCAUCGACCACCACACGGACGAAUUCUCCGUGAGCCAGAGCGUCAGUCCCAGGGUUGUGGAGCCCUGCGGGAGCUGCAUGAGCCUGGUCGUCGAGGAGACCCGGCAAGCGUGGGACGCCCUCAGCCGGGACGUUGAGGAUGGCGAUGCCGCCGACGAGGACGAAAAGCUGGCCAAGAUCGGCCUGGCCUCGAUCCUCUCCGACACCAUCAACCUGACGGCCAAGGCCAAGGUGCGCGCCAAGGACCCCCGAGCCGUGGCGUUCCUGGAGGCCAAGAUCCGGGACCCGACGUUCGAUCGCACCAGGUACUUUGACGAGAUCUCGGCCGUUAAGGAGGACAUUUCCAGUCUCAGCUUCCGCGACAUCUUCCGCAAGGACUACAAGGAGUGGGACGAGGCCGGCCUCAAGCUGGGCAUCAGCUGCAGCGUCCAGGGCUUCGACUACUUCGUGGCCAAGGCCGGCGGCGCGCGGCCGCUGCUCGACGACCUGGCCGGCUGGGUGCGCGAGCGCGGGCUCGACGUCGCGGGCCUCAUGUGCACGUCGCACCCGGGAGGAGACUUCCAGCGCCACCUGCUUGUCUGGGGGCUGACGGACGAGGGCAGGGCGGCCGUGGAGCGGUUCCGCGCGGUUGGCGCUGAUGCGCUGCAGCUGGAGACGUGGGGGGAUGGCGUGUUGGACGACGGCGUCGCUCGCUCCGCGUGGAGGCAGCACAACUUGGCGGCGAGCAGGAAGCAGGUCGCGCCGUUGCUGAGGGAGGCCCUGAAGAAGAGCUGAGCUUCUGAUACGGCGUGUGGCACAUGCUGUGAUACGGUGUCAGACGGGUUGAACAAGGCAUGAAUAGAGCAUAAAUCAUGCGGCCUCCACCUAUGCUUGCUUCCCUUUGUUCGAGUAUCAUUAUGCGUUGGUAUCCGUAUUGUGGAUUGUUGAUACAAGUAUG